CACAAGUCACGACAGUCGGAUUCGUUCGAGUGCCUGACUUUUUUCCAAUGCAAUUUUUCAGUUUAACCCAUUAUGGAGUUUGGCUUGGAGCGCACACAACGUCUGUUGCAAGCCCUCGGUAAUCCCCAUCAUGCAUUCAAGGUGAUCCAUGUAGCUGGAACCAACGGGAAAGGGUCAGUGUGUGCGUACAUUGCGUCGGUUCUGCUUCAAGCCCAGCUCAAGGUCGGCCGAUUCAAUUCUCCCCAUCUGCUUGAACCCCGUGACAGUAUCAACGUGAAUGGCGCACCCCUCGCACAAGCCAUGUACGAUCAUGCCUGUACGGUGGUUCGAGAUACCGAUAAAACGCACCGUAUCAAAGCUUCAUCUUUUGAGUUGUUGGUAGUCACUGCUUUUUGGGUGUUUCGAGAAAUGCAACUAGACUAUGUGAUUUUGGAAGUGGGUCUGGGUGGUCUGCUCGACGCCACCAAUGUUGUGGAACACCCACUGUGUAGUAUCAUCACGCCCAUCGGACUGGAUCACGUUGAUAUAUUAGGGGGAUCGCUUCAGACAAUUGCCCAAGCCAAAGCCGGUAUCAUGAAACCCGGUUGUCCGGUGAUCAUUGCUCCGCAGGAUAAUCCGGAGGCCCUGGAGACGCUCAUUGGCCAAGCUCAAACUGUCAAUGCACCCUAUAUCGUGGUAUCACCCGCUCAAUUCGUUUCUGACGAUCGUUGUCGCCUGGACUAUACCUUUGAUGAUACCCGUGUUCACUAUGAGUAUCCUGUUGUACUGCAUGGCGAUUACCAGCGGGUCAAUUCGGCUACGGCUGUCACUGCUCUGGAUUGGCUUUCUCGACGAAACGUGAUCCCCCCUCUUGCACCCAUACUGGAAAAAGGCAUGGCCGCAACACGAUGGCGUGGACGAAUGGAUUGGCUGACGGUCAUCGAUUAUCCCAAGUUAUCGGUUAUUUCCGGUCUGUACAGUAUGCUCGUCGACGGCGCCCAUAAUCUUCCUGCAGCGCAAGCCCUUCGUCGGCAUGUCGAUGCCUUGUGUCAAAAAUACAAGCUGUCGCGGACGCUUUGGGUGAUUGGUGCCACCGAAGGAAAAGAUAUCGAUAGUAUACUAAAGCAGCUAAUUCACACUCAUGACGCCGUUAUAUCUGUACCGUUUUCGCAACCAGCCGGUAUGCCGUGGAUCCACUGUGUCGCACCAGAGAAGAUUGCCGAGCGUGCGCAGAAUUGGACCUCGGAAACAUACGCAACCGAUUCCUUAUCCGCAGCUCUUCAACAAACAUCCUUCAUCUAUCACAAAGACAACGAUUUAGUCGUUCUUUGUGGAUCCCUGUAUCUCGUCGCUGAUCUCUAUCGCCUGAUAGAACAAUAAAAUUUUGCUUCUCGUCUGGACCGAGUUGUCACAGGAAAUUUGGACGAAUUGGGCAUGCGUGGUAUAUAACAUAAAUAGUUUUGGAUCGGCCGAUACUGCAUAUUGUUUGCGUCGUACACCUUCAAAUAUAAUGGCAUCUAUCAGCAGUCAAGGAUCCAAAUUGGAUUGCGUGCGUAGGGAACGAGUGCG